UCUCCCGCGAAGACAUCGUGUGCUGGAGCGCCAUGGUAACCGCGUGUGCGGAAGAUGCUAAGUGCCUGUUUGACCGGAUGCCUGAAUGGAAAACGGUGGCCUGCUCGGCCUUGAUCUCGGCCUACGGCCAACACUUCCAUCUCGAGGCAGCCAUGCAGACGCUCGACGCAAUAGCCUACCGUAAUGUGGGAUCCUGGAGCUCGCUGGCCGCAGCUUACGCCGAUAACGGGAGUCUCGAAAACUCAGCAAAGGUAUUUGCAAUGAUCCCCGACCCGGAUCCCGUGUCCUGGAGCUCCAUGAUCACAGCCUAUGCUCGAUCUGUAACCAAGCCACCAUACCACCCGACUGAUGCAGCUCCAGGGCUUCGCGCUGGACAGCAUCACAUUCCUGGGCAUUCUCAACGCUUGCAAGCAAAGGGGGCUGCUUACUCAUAGUGGCGGAGCACGACUAUGGAGCGGUCAUCGACGCCCUUGCCGGAUCGGGGCUCUUGGGCUGCGGCGAGGAGCUCGCCGCCAGCCUGCCGCUGGGAUUGGACGCUGCCGGUUGCGCGUCACUGCUGGGAGCUUGCCGGAUCCACUGGGACGUGAGCCUUGGAAGGCGGGGUGUGCGAAGGCCUCGCACUCCAAUCCAUAUAGCAGUUGAGAAUAUUAUAAUACACCUCCAGCCUCCCAAGAGGGAUCUCCGAGCGAGAACUUGGCUAGUGUUGGUGGUGGAUGGAGCGUUCGAGUUUGCUUCUUCUUGAGCACCUCCGCCGCAAAAAAAUGGUGGAUGUCGUCAAGGAUUUUAGUCGUCCUCAUCGUGUCGUCGUAGUCCCAGGAAUCGUACCUGCUGCGGGAGGCGAUGAUUUCAAUCUCUCGCUUGGGCCUGGAUUGAGCAAGCGUGGCGAACAAGACGGAAAUUCCAGUACUCCGUAAAUGGUCCGACUGCUGUGGCUGCCCUUGCUCCUGUGCGCGCUCGUAUGACUUAAGGUGUGAGUCGGCGCCCCAGCGGGUAUCUGAGGAUGCCGGCGUCAUGCUCUUGAGUGCACUUUGGCCUCGUCUACGCGACCUUGCUUCAUCAAGAAAAUGCCCAGGUUACACAUCUUCUUGUUGUCCGGUUCCAUGGACGGAGCUUUCCUGCCAAUGAUUCACAGCUUAUGAUCAAUGGAUUCGUCGAGCGGGCGAUGGGAUUGCUUACCCCUGUAGACUGCAUCCGCUGCAGUGUAAUCGGAUUGAUGCAGAUUCCCAUGUGGCUUACUCUCAUCCUCCACAAAGGUUGUCAGGCGUAUCCACAAGAUGCAUUACCAGCGUUUGACUUGAUCUGCCCAAGUGCAGCUCACGUUCAAGACAGUAGCGGAAAGCAAAUCUGUGACUGCAUUCUAAAGAUGAAUAUCCCGUCACAAUCAUUCCCUGAUAGAAUAUUCUAGCUGAGAAAACCCUAGUGGGUCCAAGGGCGGCGUCUUCUCGCUAGGUCACAUCUGGUUGCGGUUGCAGCAGGUGGGUUCUGAGUGGAGAUGUCAACGGUUUAUUUUCAGCAAGCAAGGGAUUACAUUCUCCGUGGUGGAGAUGGAUCUUGUGGCAUUAUUAUUAGUCCAGACACUGUAGCCACAUACUUGCAUGACAAUCAUACUCAAUGGGUCGUAGGGCA